CCAGUCUGCCUGUUCAUUGUACUGAGUCAGCGGCCAUGCGCAAAUGGAUCCAGAGGAGGGCUGUGCUGUGUAGGCUGUAGUCUACAUAAGAUCUGUGCCUGCGGGGCUGCACACACACACUGCCGAUUGGAAAUAACACGCAUCAGCUGGAGCCUUGACUUGUAUUUAUCUUCCAAGACUGCACCGGUUGGAGAAAACACACAAAUCCAGGAUAGUCUGACGGGUACCUUGGGAUCUCUCCAACAACCCCUCCUCCUCUUUAUUACUGACCAUCUCGGACCACGGAUGCAGAGAGCAGCAGCGAUGCGGCGGCUCUGCUGUUAACUCGUUGGACAGCCUCCCCCCUCCUUCCUCUCCUCUCUCUGUGUUUUUGCCGGUUUUUAUCUAACAACAACAAAAAAGGAGGCAGUAUAAAUCCAUAAUGAAGCUGAAGCCGAACCAGACCAGGACAUACGAUGGCGAGGGCUUCAAGAAACGAGCUGCAUGUCUGUGUUUCAAGAAUGAACGUGAAGAGGAGGUUCUUCUGGUCAGCAGCAGUCGGCACCCAGACCAGUGGAUUGUCCCUGGAGGUGGGAUGGAGCCAGAAGAAGAGCCGUGUGGCGCCGCAGUGCGAGAGGUGUUUGAGGAGGCCGGUGUGAAGGGCAAGCUAGGACGUCUGCUCGGAGUGUUUGAGCAAAACCAAGAUCGGAAGCACCGGACGUACGUGUACGUGUUGACUGUCACAGAAACGCUGGAGGCCUGGGAAGACUCCGUCAACAUAGGCCGUAAGCGGGAGUGGUUCACCGUUGACGAGGCCAUCAAAGUGUUGCAGAGCCACAAACCCGUCCACGCCGAGUACCUGCGGAGGCUCCAGCUCAGCUGCUCACCAACUAACGGGAACUCCAUCCUCCCGAGCCCGCCGCCGAACGAUAACUACCCCCAUUACAGCGCCACCGCCACCACUCCAUCGACGGGCAGCGCACUGGGCACCUCCUGCAGAUAGGACUGCACCCAAACCUCGUGUCCUGUCCGGCUCGGACAGAAGUCUGUACAGUCUUGCAUGAAUCUAAUGACUUUUUAAGAGCUUCAGCUCUCCUGUAUGUAUAAUUUCUAGUCUUAGCUGCAGGACAGACCAAAGCCAUCGCCAGAACUGUGUUAAAGACUCACGUGACAGAGCGGGAGAAGUCUCUCUGACAGAAAAAACUGGAUAUAACUGUCUCAAGAACACUGUUUCUUUUUGCUGGCAAACGCCAGACUGAUGAGCUGAAGCUUGGGAAGUGGAAACUGCAGCGGACACUGCAGGCGUCGAUGACCUGGUGAAGGAAUGCCUUACAGAAACUUUGUAUGAAUGUUAUAUUUGGGUCGUUUUAUUUCACUAACGGUCAUUUUUAUUUUCUUUUUUAGCAGAAUGGAUAUGCUUUCUAGUCAAUAAAAGAGUAAUUGACCCCAAAGCACGUCCAUGUGGGGAAUGUUUCCAUGAUGAUGUCAUCAGGCCGUGAUGAUAAGAUCAUAUUAUAUGACAUGGAUCUCAUUUUAAAACCUGAGAAUUGAUGUUUCAGGGAUCUCAUCUCUUAAUUGAGCUAAAAAAAUCCCCCCAAAUGGAUGGAACUAAACUAAAAAAAAUAACAACAAUAAUGCAAAAUGUAAUGAAAAACAUCAUGAUAGAAAUGUCUUUCCGUCCUAGCUGGCAUGGUCAAAGGUCAAAGUCAAACUAUCUCACAGGACGUCCCAGCUGUCAGUGAGUUGAUACCUCGGUAAACUGAAAACAGGAUCUGAGUCACGAUGCUGCAUUCACAGUUAAACGUGAGCCAAUGCCUCCGAAGUUACUAGUCCACUAACCUUGACUGAUCCAACAAACGGAUCUGUUGCCUGUUUAAAGCCACGCGCCUGUCAUCGGCGCUUCACUUUCCCACGUUGUCACGGUGAAAGUAUUUAAGUACAUCUUUGCCUUAGGUGUUACGCGCUGCUAGGGUCAGUCGAGUUGAAACAGGUGGAUUUUCUUCAAAAUCAUUUGUACAUUUUACCUUCAAUGAAUGCUCAGUUUUAUCACGUUAAAAAAAAAAAGAACACCAAAAGACAUAAUUCCUAUGUAUGAUAUGAUCGUUUUCUCCACCAUCUGCAAGUAACUGAGAUUAGUUGCUGCAGCUAGCAACUACUAAUCGUUUUGGAUCCAUCUGCUGAUUAUAUUAUUGAUUCAUCUGUUUAUGGUUUGGUACAAAAUGUUGGAAAAAUAGUGAAAAAUGCUGAUCACAGUUCCAGUAAAUCAGUUAAUCAUUACAGAUAACUCCACAAAGUCUUGAUCUCAGAUUGAAUUUCACAUCCUAAACUCUACCAGAAGUGGAUUUUACUGGUUCAAAAAUAGAAAGUAAUGCAGUCUUUCUGUUUUUUGUUGUUUAUGUUGUUGUUUUGGUUACUGCCUAAACUCAACUUUGGGGGUCUAACAUUCAUACGUCUGCAACGUCUCCCUUCUUUCUCUUUCCAUGUUUCCGGUCUGCCACGUCAGUAGGUACACUUGUACAAUCUAGUGCGUUCUUGUACGGCGGCUCUGCCAUGAAUUCAACUUUUAUGAAGCUUGUAAUGUUUUGGUUUUUGUUGACACUGUCAGAGAGAGGUAAUAAUUCUACUUUACGUUUAUUACUGGGGUCUUUGUGGGUGCUGCUGUUGUACAGGAGUGCAUGUUUUAUUGCAGUGUUUCUAACAUAACCUCACUAGUGAACAUGAUAGUCACAUGAAUACCUCUCUGACAGCGUCAACAGAAGAUGAAACAUUAUAAGCUUCUUAAAAGUAGAAUUUAUGGCCGAGUUGGAUCACAUUGGAAUGUACAGGUGUACGUAAUAAAGUGACUGGUUGGUGUUUAUUGUCAAUUAAAACUACAACUGCUACAUUUUUCAUAUGAAGUUAGACAUCCAAAGAAACAACAACAGAUAAUUCAGAAAAGAGACACCCACUCACUUCCUGUGUUGACAGCUGAAUGACGACUAGUAACCAUACAGAGAUUUGUAAAUAAGCUUUGAAGAGAAACAUUGAACAUUGUGUUUUUAACCUGAAUGGACCUGUAAAAUUUCUCUUAAUAUUUUAUAUAUUUUUUAAACAAUGUAUAAAUGGCUGAAACAAACAAACAAACAAACAAAACAUGUAGAAAACCCACUGAGAACAGUAUGUACAGUAUAUUUGUAUUGAUGACAAUGUGCCACAGGUUUGGGAUAUGAAGGUUGGUUGGUUUGUGUCUUCGAACGACGUAGAGAUGGUUUGAAUUAACGCUUUUUUAAAUCAUGAUUUGGUGAAAUCAAAGUGUGUUUGUCCAUUAUUAAUGAAGACAGCCCAAAAUAAGGACAUUACAGAAACUUUGAUGUUUUCUUUCUUUUUAAAAAAAAUAUACAUAUAGCAUCUUGCUGAUUGAUUUGAGUGCGUCAGACACACAAUUUCAGUAUUAACUGAAAAUAUGAAAUUGGAUUUUUGGGGUGAAAAAUGCAGUUUUAAAGUUUAAAGGGCAGGACAGUAAUAUUCAGAAGAAUGUUGAAUUUGUCACACACUUUCACAGACGAAUGUUUAUGUUAUUGUUCAUGCCAAAAAAAAAAAA